AGUAGUUUUUUUAAUUUACAGUCGUAUCUAUUCAGUUUUAAAAUGAUCGAUACUGAACAAUUUAUAAUUGAAAUUCAACAAAACGAUUGUAUCUGGAACAAACAGGAAAGAAGUCAUCACGAUAGUCAGGCGAUUCAUGUGGGAUGGACUAAUGUCGCAAAUGCUUGCGUUCAUAACUUUAAUGAACUGGAUAAUAAACAAAAAUCGGAAAAAAUAAAAGAUCUCAAAUUAAAAUGGAAAAAUAUCAAGGACAAUUACCGAAAAAAGUGUAUCCAUAAAUCCGGCCAGGCAGCAAAAUCAGAUAAACCAUAUGUAUAUGCAAACAUUCUAGAGUUCCUUCGACCGACAAUGGAAAACAGAAACACUGAGAGUAACGUUACUGCACAAAAUGACAGAGAGUACACCACAGACAAUGAAAAUGUUAUAACCGAAGAAGCUCAAGAAGCCAACCACUCGGGUGUAUCUGAAGAAGAGUCUCCAGUUGUUCGAAAAAAAAAAAAGACUACAGAAAAUUCUUUUGAAAACCAAUUAAUAAGUGUAUUAAAAGAACGCAGAGUUUCAAACGAUCCAGUGACAUCAUUUCUGAUGUCUUUGGCUCCUCAAAUCAGAAAAAUGACAGAAGACCAGCAAAAUCAAGUUUAUAUUGAAAUGAUACAAAUCAUUCAAAAAGUAAAAACUUCUAAAAAUUCUGAUCAAAUGCAACCACAAUCCAUUCCUUCUUCAGUUAGCAAUAGUACUUUUCAACCCUUGCAAUGUUCAUAUAAUAAUACUAAUUCAUACCCAACAUACCCGUUCAAUUUCCAUCUACCAACAACUUCAUACAUUUCAAAUACCUCACCAACACCUUCUACAAUUACAAAUAUGCCCAUAAACUAUGAACCUCAUAAUAUAACUGGGAACAAUUCUUCAUUUGUAUCAAUUACUUCUCAAAAAGAUUCUAACAUUCACACACAUCAACUAUAUUAUCCACAUACCCAAUCACCUGCUCUUACUCCACAACCACCCGUUACACCAAAUGAUACUGCAACAGUUAACUCAUAUUAUUUACAAAAAAACUCCCCUCACACUGCAUCUUCUACUACAUCUGUACCAACAGGUCACUCUGACAAUAGUUACUACACUAACAACUUAACUCCAGAUAACACUAAUUCACAAUAA